CGCCGCCCCUCGCGGCUGGGGGGACUCGGAGCCGUCGCGGUUGCGCGGGGCGAGAGCGGCGCGUCCCGGCCGCGGCUGCCGGGAGUACCCUGAUAAGAUUGCACAGCUUGUGAUCCUACUCUGUCAUUCGAGUUCAGCAUCAGCUGCCUUUUUUCUGGUCCCUGCAAGAUGCCAGCAGCCCUUGCAGAGAACAGCCAGGUUAUCUGUGAAGUAUGGGCCAACAACCUGGAGGAAGAGAUGAGGAAAAUCCGGGAGAUUGUUCUGAGUUACAGCUACAUUGCCAUGGACACAGAGUUCCCCGGAGUUGUUGUCAGGCCGAUCGGUGAAUUCCGCAGCUCCAUAGAUUAUCAGUACCAGCUCCUCCGCUGCAACGUUGACCUGCUGAAAAUUAUCCAGCUGGGCCUGACUUUCACAAAUGAGAAGGGAGAAUAUCCUUCUGGUAUCAACACCUGGCAGUUCAACUUCAAAUUCAACCUCACGGAAGACAUGUACUCUCAGGAUUCCAUAGACCUCCUUGCCAGCUCUGGGCUGCAGUUCCAGAAGCACGAAGAAGAAGGGAUUGAUACCCUGCAUUUUGCUGAGUUGCUAAUGACAUCUGGGGUUGUCCUCAGUGACAGUGUGAAAUGGCUGUCCUUCCACAGUGGUUAUGACUUUGGCUACAUGGUGAAGUUGUUGACAGAUUCCAGGUUACCAGAAGAAGAACAUGAAUUUUUCCAUAUCUUAAACCUUUUCUUCCCAUCUAUCUAUGAUGUGAAGUACUUAAUGAAGAGCUGCAAAAACCUCAAGGGUGGCCUUCAGGAAGUGGCAGAUCAGCUGGAUUUGCAGCGAAUUGGACGACAACACCAGGCAGGAUCAGACUCUCUUCUCACAGGAAUGGCAUUUUUCAGAAUGAAGGAGUUAUUUUUUGAGGAUACAAUUGAUGAUGCAAAAUAUUGCGGACGACUGUAUGGCCUCGGCACAGGAGUGGCUCAGAAACAGAAUGAAGAUGUGGACUCAGCCCAAGAGAAAAUGAGCAUUUUGGCCAUUAUCAACAACAUGCAGCCGUGAUGAGCGGUGCCCCUCAGCAGAACAUGUUUACCAUAUUGGCAGCUGCUGUCCUCAACCAUUUUCCCUAAACAGUAUCUCAAACAAAAAGCAUCUCCAGUACACAGGCUGCACCAAGCCUUGCAGUUUUGCUGAAGAGCUGCAUUUUCCUUUGAAACCCAGAUGAGUUGACUGAAUUCCUAAUGCCAGCAUUUGUGGUUUGCCAUAUUUUUAAUACCAAGGGCAAAGGACAGAAUCUACUGUGUAUACCUCUGCUUUUUUCCUCUUUAUACUGUACAGACUCUGCAAGGAAGAUUUACCGGUAGAAAAUAUUGGGUAGAACUGAGGGUUGGGAAACGCAGUGAAAAUGGACGCAGACAUGCACACAGAUUUGCAGUUUGUGUUUUAUAAAGCUUAUUUUAAAACUUCUGCAUGUUGUGAGGGUGACAACUUCACCUCAUGUGUUGCUUAUUUUAUCUCUGUCUGUGGAAAUUGUUCCCUUUGAUCACUGCAGAGGUUUGGGAACAGAUGAAUUAAAAAUGAUCCUUGCAGCUAAAAAUACUCAGAGAUUUGCUUUAACAACAGAGGGAAUGGAGAUUAAUGGAGCUGAUUUGAUCAGCACUCCUUAGUUUCUAAUUCUCUGUGUUACUGCUUUGACUCAUACUAAGCCUCAGCUUCGUUCUUACGGGUAUUAAGGAACUGUUCUGGAAAUACAUUCAGAGGCCCAAAAGUUCACCUUUGACAGGGGAUUGGACCAACACUCUGAUUUCAGUUUUCUUCAACUUUAACCGACAAAUUUUAUUCUUCUGCAACACAGCUAGGUCAGCAUGGACAAAUAUUUUUCCCUCUUCUCCCCCUGCUUCUCCAGCCCCUAAUUUUACAAUAUGCUUAUCAGCUAAAACAGGGUUUCUCAUUUUUUCCCCUGAGUUUCUGAUUUAUUUUUUCAUUAUAAACACCUGAAAAAUAGUUAAGAGGAUGAAGAACUUGGGAUUCUGACUUUGAGAAACAUUCUAUAGUGUUUUUUUUUUUAACAGCUCUGUAAUGACAUUUCUUAAAAGAACCCUUUUGGACAUGUCAAAGAUUUUUAAGACUUUGUCUGGCAUUUUGAACAAGCUUAAUCCAAUAUUAGAGUUGAGGUUUAGAGCUGGUAUUUGAAAUGUUUGUAAAGACUAGUUUUUAUUUUUUGUAAAAUAAAUUUUUUAAACCAG